AUGUCCGGUACUCAGUAUAUCCCUCACAUACUAUACUCAACCGCUUUGACCUCAAUUUCCAUGCACUUGCUGUGGCAGCGAAAAACAGCUGACGAAGACCGAGCGAGAUUCAAAGCUCAAACUUCCAUUCUGCAAGACCUCAUCGAGCAACUUCGUUCGGGAAAGUCAAUAUCCGACGAAGAAGUAACGAAGUCGCGUAAUCUUGCGCGUAUACACGGAGAGGGGAAACAGCCGCUCGACAAGGAAAGAACUAACAUUGGAUGGAUGGACGUGUUAUGGGGCCGAAAAACGCCUGCAGACCUUGGUGUUAGUGACGAAUGGGAACGAAAAGAUCUGGAGCAAAUACGGAAAGAAAUCGAAGCAGAGCAUUGA